AUGGCGAUCAAUGUGAACGUGUUGCAAAAAGAAAGUUUUGUUCAUUGUAUUUUGUCGCCGAGGAAUGCUCAAAAUAGAAAAAAAUGUGCCUUUACAUUCCUGAAAAUAAUGAAAGGAACGAAAAUCGGUGGAUCGGUGUUUGAUGAGGAUGUCGCAAAAGUUAUUCAGGAUUUGGUUGACAAAGCCAAGAACAACGUUCGAUUACAUUUGCCCGUUGACUUUGUGACUGGUGACAAAUUUGCCGAGAACGCAACCGUUGGUAACGCUACAGUGGAAGAAGGCAUUCCGACUGGAUGGAUGGGUUUAGACAUUGGUCCAAUUUCAAUAGAACUUUUUGCAGCUCCGGUAUUGCGAGCUAGACUUACCGUUUGGAAUGGACCGCCUGGAGUGUUUGAAUUUCCAAAUUUUGCCAAUGGAACCAAAAGCCUAAUGGAUGAAAUUGUAUCCGCAACAAAAGGCGGAUGCGUCACGAUCAUUUGUGGUGAUGAUACUGCUUUGUGUUGUGCGAAGUGUAACACUGAACCAUUUGUCUCGCACGUUUCGACCGGAGGUGGUGCUUCGUUGGAACUGUUGGAGGGGAAAAUAUUGCCAGGAGUUGCUGCUCUGACCGAUAAAGUGUCACAACCGUCGCAAGUCCUAGCUCCUCUGGAUGUAAUCAAAACCGCUCUUAACGUACACAACGGUUGUGAAGCAGAGAUGAUUGACUUAAGACAAAAUCUAAUUGAGAGCGAAAGCGACGUCAAUUCAAUCAGUAUUGAGUCUGUCCGACUUGUAAAAGAAGCAAAUUCUAAUCUGGAACGUAUGCAUCAAUUAUGUACAGAUCUGUUAGGAAAGAAUCAACCAUUCAUUCUGAUUAUUCAGCUCUGA